UGUUGGUUGGUUAUGUUACAUCUGUAAAGGCGCGCGCGAGCGAAGCAACAAUAACAAAAGGCAAACAAUGUUUUGCUUAAAGUUAUUGUUAAAAGCAUCUGGGCUGGUAUACUAUAUUUCGGAAAAGGCCAACACCAUGUCUUCUUUCCCAAGCCAGAUGCCCUUCAUAGUGCUGCCACUGAUGAUGCUGUUUGCGGCCGGAAAUUGCCAAAUUUGCGGUCCCCCAGCGGUUCCCCUCAAUGCCAAAGUGCGAACUGUGACCGGCGAAGUUGGAAUUACAGAAGCUAUAUACGAAUGCGAUGCUGGCUAUGAGCUUUUCGGCUCCCCAUCCGUAAAAUGUGAUGCGCACAAGGGCUGGGAACGGGAGCUGCCCUUCUGCGGUGUGAACGUCGCCUACCGGAAGCCCGUCAAUCAGAGCUCCUAUACACGGAGUGGUCCAGCUAGUUAUGCCAACGAUGGCAAGCCAGGAAAUAAGAAUCCCGAUGGGCAGGAGUGCUCAGAAACACAAAAGGAGCCAUCGCCUUGGUGGCGUGUGGAUCUCUUGGCCCCGCAGGCCGUGCACGUGGUCCGCAUCACCACUCGGGGCUGCUGUGGUCAUCAGCCAUUGCAAGAUUUGGAAAUACGUGUGGGCAAUAGUAGUGUGGAUCUGCAGCGAAAUCCGCUUUGUGCCUGGUAUCCAGGCACACUUGAUGAGGGUAUUGUGAAAACAUUUACCUGUGCCCGCCCACUAAUUGGUCAAUAUGUGGCCAUACAACUAGUGGGUGUGGAGGGCAGUCUGAGUCUCUGCGAGGUGGAAACGUUUACCAACGACGAGUUCUCUGUGGAUCGCUGUCUGAGCCCGAAACUCGGUGUGGACACAGUGGUGACAACAUUCUCGAAAACGUGCUACGACUUUCAUAUUACCAAAGGGGAAAGCUUUGAAAAAGCGCAAAGCAUUUGUCAGCAAACAGGCGGUGACCUGGUACACGAUUUUCGUGGGCCCACCAGCCAGUACAUAUUAUCGGAACUGGAACGACGUAAGUCCGAGCUGAAGCCGCAGCUUGUUUGGAUUGGCGCUCAAAAGGAGCCUGGCAUCACAUCCCGAACCUGGAAGUGGGUGAACGGUGAAGUCGUACAGAAGCCCGCCUGGGGCAAGGAUCAGCCCAAUAACUAUAAUGGCGAACAGAACUGUGUGGUAUUGGAUGGGGGUCGCAACUGGCUGUGGAACGAUGUUGGCUGCAACUUGGACUAUUUACAUUUCAUCUGUCAGCACACUCCGCAAUCCUGUGGCUCGCCCGAUGCCAAGCAAAACACCACCGUGCUGGGAAAAAAGUUCAGUCUGGGCGAGCAUAUUCAAUAUAAUUGCCCCAAAGGCCAUUCACUGCUUGGCGAUGCGGAUCGCGUCUGCCGAACCGAUGGUACAUGGAGCGGUUCGGCACCAACUUGUAAAUACGUGGACUGCGGCGACUUGCCUGAACUGAAGUUUGGCUCCAUACAUCUGUCCGAGGAGAGGACUAGCUUUGGUGUGGUGGCCACAUAUAGCUGCCACGAGAACUACACGCUCAUCGGCAAUGAGAAUCGAACAUGUCUGGUCGAGGGUUGGAGUGGCAAGCAGCCGGAAUGUCUGGUGGACUGGUGUCCAGAUCCGCAGCGCAUUACCGGCGGAAAUGUCAAGUUCAGCGAUAAACGUGCUGGCUCUACGGCCGUGUACGUGUGUGAUCCGGGCUAUGUGUUGGUGGGCGAAGCGGUCAUUUCUUGUGGUCUGGGUGGCGAGUGGUCGAGCAAAACGCCAUCUUGCAGAUUUGUGGAUUGUGGUGCGCCUGCGCGACCCGAUCGUGGCGUAGCCAUAUUGCUGAAUGGCACCACCACCGUGGACUCGGUGGUUAAAUAUGAGUGUGAUGAGGAUCACUGGUUGGAGGGACCUUCGGAGCUGUAUUGCACGAGGGAUGGCAAAUGGUCGGGAGAGGCGCCCGUUUGUGAGCUUGUCACCUGUGAUACUCCCCAGGUGCCUGCUGGUGCGUUUGUCAUCGGCUAUGAUUACAAUGUACAUUCAAAAAUACAAUAUAACUGUGAUCCGGGACAUAUAAUGCACGGCAACCCCACCCUGGAAUGUCUGGAUAAUGGGGAAUGGAGCUCCGAUGCGCCCGACUGCGAGUAUAUCGACUGUGGUCCCAUACUGCCCAUACCCUAUGGCAGCCACAAGUACGUGACCAACACCACCUAUGUGGGCUCGGAGGUCAUCUUCAGUUGCACCCAGUCCCACAAACUGAGCGGCGUACUCAAGCGCCAUUGUCUCGAAACGGGUAUUUGGAGCGAUGCCUCGCCAAAAUGUGAAGAAAUUCGCUGUUCCGAACCAAAACUGGCGUCGCACAGCUUACUCUCUGUGACCGGCAAUGAUCGCAUGUACGGACGCACACUUAUACGCACGGCGGAGUCCCUUCAGAAUACGGCACAAACAUACAAAAUUGGUGCCCUCGCCAAAUAUCGUUGCGAGCGUGGCUACAAAAUGGUCGGCGAGGCCUUGGCCACCUGCACGGACAAUGGACAAUGGAGCGGCAUCAUUCCGGAAUGUGUCUAUGUGGAAUGUGGGGCGCCCGAGAACAUAACCAAUGGCAAGGUAACCCUGGCCACCAAUGCCACGUAUUACGGGGCCGCUGUUCUGUACGAAUGUAAUCCCAAUUACAAAUUGAAUGGCGUCUCGCGGCGCUUGUGCACAGAGCACGGCAAUUGGAGUCACGAGGCGCCGGCAUGUGUGGAGGUUGUUUGCGAUGUUCCCAAUCUAAGCGAGAAUCUGAUUGUGGAGGCGGGGGCACGUGCUGUUGGGUCAGUGGCUACCUUCAAGUGCCUCAAGGGGCGCACUAUGAUUGGCAAUGAUACGCGAGUUUGUCAGAAAAAUGGCAAAUGGGCCGGAAAAAAUCCGACAUGUAAACCUGUUGAUUGUGGUCGCCCGCCCUCGAUCGAGAACGGACGGGUCAUAGUUGUGAAUGAAUCAACGCUGUACGGAGGCUCGGCGGAGUACCAUUGCAUUCCCAAUUAUAAUCGUAUUGGCCAAUAUUUGCGAAAGUGCACAGAGGAUGCCACAUGGAGUGGCGAACAGCCACGCUGUGAACUGGCCACAGUCGAGGGUCAAGAGAGCUCUGAGCUGGGAACUGGCGUGGCCAUAGGAGCAACGAUUAUAAUAGCGUUGCUUGUCGUAUUUGGUCUAAUUUUCCUAUAUCGGAAUAAAGCUAGACCAGUGAAGAAUACGGAGAAUGUACAGGCUGCCGAAACAAAGGAUGAACGCAACGCGGCGGUCAUGUCUUAUUCCACCUUGGAGGCGAACAAUCGCAUGCAUAUGGAUAAUAAUCCAUCAGCCACAUUUAAUACGUUUCAUGGAGCCCCUCGGAGGGGUGCAGACAACAAUGGGUCCAGUGAAACGGGCAGAGGAAACAAUCGAUCGGAGAACAUUUACGAUCAAAUACCAAAUGAACAGCUCUAUGAUGCUCCCUACGAGAUGCGCAGCAACGACGAAGUCUACGAGCCCGAGCCCAUGGCCAGUAAUGUCAUUACGAUUAAUGGUAUAUCUGUGCGAUAAAAAAAC